CCAUAUUACUGCCAACUUCAUAAUAGAAAAAACCACCAUCCACACAAGUUAAGCAGUUUUUUUUUCGAUCCCUUCCUCACAAUUUUGUGUUAAAUCGCAUCGUGAAAUUCACUUUGAAAAUCUUAUUUGCAAUAAAACUUCCUUUUCACAAUCAUCAGCAAAUAAAUAUUUCACAAUAAAUUCAAAACACUCAGGCAAUAACCCAAAUUGAAAAAUUCUUAUCAGUUUCCAUUUGCACCAGGGACAAGGUAUUCGUUUCGAUAAAUUGAAAAAGGCAGCAAAAAAAAAAGAAAGACAUCACGAUGAGUGCCAACAAUCAUCGAAAGAAAUCGGAUUCCGUAUCAUCAAAUAAUGAUAAUCCUGACAACGCUUGUGUUGUUUGUUUCAAGAAUGUCGAAAUCUAUUCGAUUGGAGAAUGUGAUCAUCCCGUUUGUUACGAAUGCUCAACCAGGAUGAGAGUCUUGUGCGGACAAAAUGAGUGCCCGAUUUGCAGGCAGGGAUUGGCAAAGGUAAUCUUCACGUAUGAAAAAAAGACAUACCGUGAAUUGGAAGCCAAAAAUCGAUCAGAAUACUUCAACCAAAAGUAUAAGAUCUGCUUCUACACAAAACCAAUUCAACAGGCAUUCUAUAAUCUCUUAGAUCAUCCAUGUCCAAAGUGUGAUCAUCCAGUGUUUCGUAAUUUUGCACCUCUUCGUGAGCACGUUCGAAAAGAGCACAAUCACUUCUACUGCGAUUUGUGCACUGAUAAUUUGAAAAUAUUUUCAUUCGAACGUCGAUGCUAUUCGCAAGCCGAGUUGAUGUUGCAUCGGCGCAAAGGUGAUCCUGAUAAUAAAUCACAUCGUGGACAUCCGUUGUGUGAGUAUUGUGACAAGCGUUAUUUAGAUCGUGACGAAUUGUUUCGGCAUUUGCGACGAGAUCAUUACUUUUGCCACUUUUGUGAUGCCGAUGGAUGUAAUGAAUUUUAUAAGAAUUAUGAUUCAUUGCGUAACCAUUUCAAAAAGGAUCAUUUUCUUUGUGAAGAAGGUAGAUGUGCUGAGGAAGAAUUUACGGGAGCAUUUCGAACAGAUAUCGAUUAUAAGGCUCACAUUGCCAACGUGCAUGGAAAAUCCUUCAACAAACAACAAGCAAAACAAGCUCGUACUCUUCAGUUGGAGAUAACAUUGGGACCAAGGGGACGUUCAGGACAAACAGAACCCCAUAUUGCUAAUCUGCGCUCACGGGGACACAAUGAAAACGAGUUUGAACCACAACCUGAAACCUCGCAUUCAUCAUUUUCUCAACGAGCUCCACCAAUCGAUGCUCGAAAUGAACAAGAUUUCCCAUCUUUGGGUAAUGGAACUCCAGCUUUAAAUCUUAUACCUAUACCGAUGGGAAUGCGAGCAAAACUUGGCUCAGCUGGUCUAGCCAGAACAAAAGAAAACUUUCCUGCUUUGGGUGGUGCUGAAAGUGGUGGCGGUGCCGCUGCAUCAACUAGCCGUCCCAAGCAAACUUCAAUUAGCUCUGUUAUAAAGAAAAAUCCAUCAUCAACACCAACUGGAAUGUUGAUUCAUGUUUCAAAUCGUCCAAGCACAAGUUCCGGUGCCACCAGUAAAAAACCCAAUCAUCCAACUAAAAAAGAUUUCCCCGCUUUACCGGGUUCAUCAAAGGCAGCAGCUCAAGCUGCUUUCCGAGAAGAUAUGAUUCCAUCGAAUACACAUCUCAAUUAUGACAAUGUGUCAGCCAAACAUCGUUCUUUAAUGGAUGACUACGUUUCGGUGGCGAAUCCAAAUAAUUUUCAUAAACUUCAAAUGGUGCAAAAGGAAGCUGAAGAAGCAAGAGCUAAAAAAGCUGCAUUCGAAGCAAGCGCUCCGAAAUUAGAUUCGACAGCUUUUCCAGCACUUGCAAUGGGCAGUAAGCCAUCUGCACCAGCAGCACCAAGUUGGACCAAAUCACAAAAACAACAACGUGAAGCUGAAAAUCGAAGAUCUAAAGUCGCACCAGCACCACUUUUGAAUAUGAAUUCCAAACAAAAAAAUUCCAAAUACAAUGUGCAAAAUGGGAAUAGUGGCAAUAAUACUAAUAAUAAUAGUAACAACAACACAUCCACAGAAAAUAGUAACAAAAAAGAAAAGAAGAAUAAAAAUGCUGCUGGUACAGAAGGAAAAAAAUCACCGGCAGCUCCUCCUUCCAGUGGCAAUAAUAAACAAAAGAAAGAGAAUAACAACGAAAAUAAGCCAGCUAAUGCGAAUACGAAUGUGGUUAAACCAACACCUGUUAUUGUCAAUGGGAAUAUUAAGAAUUCAAACGAUGACAAUAAUGGACGAGAGAAUUUUCAUCGAACAGUGGGUCCACCGCCUGGUUUCAGUGCACCAAUAAAACCUCCUCCUGGUUUCCAGAAUGUCACAUUAAAUUCGGUAGCCAAAUCGCCCAAUAGUCUUACUUUUACUAGUUCAUUGGGCGAGAGCUAUAAUAUUGUACCAACACAUAGCUAUAUUCAACCACCAGAGGCUAUCACUAGAAAUCAGAAACUAGUUGGUCAUUUCAAAGACGCCCUCAAAACGCCCGAGGCUUUGGAAGAAUUUCGACAAAUAUCUCAAAAAUUCCGCGAAGGAAUAUACAAAGCUCAAUCCUACUAUGAGCACUGCCAAGCUGCGCUAAGAGAUAAGUUUGAUAUAAUAUUCCCUGAACUCUUAUCACUCUUGCCAGAUAUCAAUAAACAACAGGAACUCUAUUUAGUCCAUUCACAACGCUUAAAGUCCUUACCCGGUGAUCAAAAGAAAUCAAUUGCUAAAUUAGAAGUUUGUUCAACAUGCAAACAAGUCUUGCUGGCAUCCGAUGCCGAUAAUCACUUUAAAUUGCAUGCCAUGCGUGAAAGUUUUCCAACUCUUGGAAAUUCUGAUAAAGUCAAUAAUGCUCUAACUGCAGGUCGGAAGUAAUUAAAAAAAAAAAAAAGAACAAAAGAAAAAUAUUUUAUCU